GGGACGGGACGGGACGCUCCGCACACCCGCCAUGGACGCCACCUCGGCCAGCUUCAUCCGCACGGCGCUAUCCCAGCCGCCGGCCGACCGCGACUCCAGCCUCGCCGUCCCGUCCGACGAGCGCCUCAAGUCUCCCGGCCUGCAGCCCACUGACAGGAGCGUCCGGCUGCGGGAGCAGGUACACCUGGUCAUGGCCCGGAGGAAGUCCUCGGCAGGUAGUUUGCAGCAAGCUCUGCUCUCCCCUGAGCCAGCUCACCAAGAGACUGUGCCAUUGUUUGACUACUUCACAGUGCCACUGGCAGGCAGCAGCUACGACUACUCCAAGCACCAGAGUUCCGUGAGUUACGGAGGGAACCCAGGAUGGGGCAGACAAGCCCUUCAGUUCUCCUCAGAGACCGGGAGGUUCCAGUCCCAGGGCUUGCAGAGCCACGCAACCAAACCUACCCGCAGGAUCGAGGUUGCUGUUGACGACAGCCCGGUCUUGGUGCGCAGCCGCCUGCGGAAGGAAUCCAGUUAUCGCAGCGGGCGAUCCAGAGGGAGACUCCGGGCAACGUCCUACCGGCAGCGCGGCCCUUCUGUCGAGGUGGGCUGGACUGGUGGGUUGGGCAGUGUGAGGCCUUCCUCGCGGCGCCUUUCCAAGUACAUGCAGUCAGAAGUCUUUCCCCGGGCGCUCCUCUUCAGCAGGUCCUUGUCUCAUCCUGCCCAGAAGGUCAGGCCAGCGCGUGAAGAGCCUUGGAGUCCCGACAGUGUUUUUGUCCACGGUUUCUCCGCCGAUCGCAUCGUGUGCCAAAAUUCUGUUCUCGGUCAAAGCAAGUCAAGGACUUUCAGGAGGCACCAGAGCGGCUCCCUGGAGCAGCAGCUGCAAGGGGUCUCACUAAGUUACCGUAGAAGUUCGCAAAGCAGACUGGACCCUGUGGUGUGCAGAUUCAGCUGGAACCAAACAUCAGUCCAGACCAGCAACACCACUGCUGACAAUGCUGUGGUCACCCAGGGGUUAAUUCCAGCAGAGGCUACCACACUUCAGGCCCAGAGCAACUGUGAUACUUCGGCCUCUCAAGAAAUCCACGAAACACAAGGGGCACAGGCCAGUGUGUCUGCGAGUGUGAGUGCGGAUGAUAAUGGAGAGUGGACAAUGGAAACAGCUGUCUCUGCCCUGACACACGAUAAGCCGGACUACGUGGUGUAUGGAGCCAACUUCAUCCAACACGAGUGCUUCCAGAGACCCGAAGCAAAGAAAGAGCUGUACGAUCUGGAUGGAAUCGGGAAGCUCGUCGCUCUGCUGAGCCAUGAGGAGGUGGAGGUUCAGAGGGCAGUGUGUGGGGCCAUCCGCAACGGGGUGUUUGAGGAAAACGACAGCAAGAUCGAAGUGAAGGAUCACGACGGCCUCCAAAAACUGGUGGAACUACUGGGGCAGACCAAGGACAUCGAGACAAAGAAACAAAUCACCGGUUUAAUGUGGAACUUGUCUUCAAAUGAGCAACUAAAGACUGAGCUGAUCGAAAAGGCCCUGCACCCACUGACAACCUCAAUCAUCAUUCCCUACUCUGGUUGGCCCGAUGGAGAUGUCAAAAGUGUAGAUGUGGAUCCCGACAUCUUCUACAACACCACCGGCUGCUUGAGGAACCUGAGUUCAUCGAGUCCCGAAGGCAGGAAGCAGAUGCGGGAAUGUGAGGGGUUAAUCGAUUCCCUUGUCCUCUACAUCCAGUUCACCAUUGCCAACAACCAGGAGGAUGACAAGUCUACAGAGAACGCCACGUGUGUCCUGCACAACCUCGCCUUCCAGCUGGAGAACGAGCUGCCCCCCGCCUACAUUGAGAGCCUGGGCUGGAAGACCGACCCCUUGACCCAGCAGAAGUCGGCAGGCUGUUUCGGAGCUCGGAGCCCCAAGCUGAAGGAGGAGGCAGUGAUCAGCAGUGCGUGUAUCGAGGAGAAGAGGAACCCGUUGGGCGUGGAGUGGCUCUGGCACAGUCUGGUUGUGAGGAUGUACCUCUCUCUCAUCGCAAGGAGCACUCGCACGUGUACACAGGAGGCAUCUCUGGGAGCCCUGCAGAACCUCACAGCCAGCACUGGACCCAUGGGGUACACCAUUACUGAGGUCAUCACCACGAAGGAGAACGGUCUCCAGCACAUCCGGCGGACACUGCACUCCAAGGAGCUUGGUGUGCAGAAGGCAGCUGUCUCCUUACUGAGAAACAUGGCUCGGAACCCCAGGGUCCAUGAUGAGCUGGCCAACCUGAUCAUGCCGGACCUGAUCGCCAUCCUCCCCGAGGCAGACGAGGGCUUCGCCAUGGCCGACGACACAGCCGGCCUCACCUGUCAGGUGCUGCACAGCCUGAUCCAGAACAACCCGCAGAAUGCCCGCAACCUGAUCAAGGAGGACGGACUGGGGAAGAUCGUGGCCUUGAGUCGACACAGCCAUAAUACCCCGAGCCAUGCAGGGAAAGCUGCCUCCAACCUGCUGUACACACUGUGGUUGUUCCGGGAUCUGCACAGCGUCUAUAAGAAGGCUGGUUUCACGAAAUCCGAUUUCAUCAACAGUCGGACAACCAAGGUCUACCACUCUCUCCGGGAUCAGAAGACAUUGUCUUGAGACAGGCAGUCGCCCGUGCUGACAUUAACCUGGCCCAACGAUGCUCUGUGUAUAAUGUGAUCUGUGGACUUUCACCAACUCAGCUUUUCCCACUCAAAAACUGAUUCUCACCAGCUUGGGAGAUACCAGAAAUCAAAUGUUAGCUAGUUCCACGUUCAUAGAUGUUCAGGUAGCAUUGAAUGAGUUGGACCUAGCACAAAAGAUGUGUGUUGUAGAACAUGUCACAUCAUCCAUGGUUAAUCUCUGAAGAGGAAGUUAAUUUUUCAGAUUGUUUAUGUGAUACGGGAGACACUGGCAAGACCAGUAUUUAUCUCCGAUCCCCAAUCGCCCCAAGGUGGUGGUGGUGCCUUGUUGAAUGUGGCUGUUUGUGAGGUGGAGGUGCUGUUGGGGGAAUUUCAGGAUUAGACCCAGUGAUGUCAAAGGAACAGUAGUGUUCCCACUUCUCACCCUCCCGCCUCUGUCUCCCAACUCCAACCCUCCCCCUCCUCCACCUGCCCAUCAUCCUUCACCCCUCCUUGAUCCACCAAUCACCUACCAGCCCCUGCCUCACCAUUUCCCCCAGCGAUCUCCACUUUCAGUACUGAUACAGGGUCCCGACCCGACCCUUUCCCUCCACAGAUGCUGACUUGGUGGGGAUCCAGCAGUUGGCCGUGUUCUCCUGUGUGAGUUAGUGAGAUCUUGGAUUGGAUAAACAUUUGAAACAAUGAAACACAACACGAGAGGAGGGGAGGGGGGGAUUGUGACUAGUCUUCCUCUGUAGAAUUGGUGGCAGUAUCAUUAGCUGGAAGCCCCUCCCUUAUCUGUACAAUUUUACAGCCCAGCAAUCUGGGAGAAGGAGAUGGGGGGCACGUGCCAGAGUUAAGGUAAUUAACAAAUUUAAUUGCAGCAAGAUCAGUAAAACCCCUUUGCCUUCCCAGUGCCAGCGAGCCCUGCAAGAACAGACCUCUGGCUCUGAAGGGGACAUAUUUAAGACUGGCGCGGGGCAAUUUUCUUUCUCUCGGGCUUGUUUUUGGGACUCCCUUCCUUAAAGGGAGGUGGGAGCAGAGUCUUUGAUGAUUGUUGAGGCAGGGGUAGCUGGAUUCUUGGUAAACCAGGGGUAAAAGGUUACCCUGGGUAGACUGUACUGUGGAGCUGAUUAGCUCCUACUCCAGGCUCCAGUGUUGGUGUAUUUUACAAAGUGAAGUUGAUGCAGGCCUUUGUCAACGUGCUGGAACAGCGCACUCGCCCCCAGCACAGGGUGAUCCAAUUUCAAGGCCAUUGUCUCUGUUAUUUGGUUCACAGGUGAUGGUUGGUGGUCUUGCAAACCCUUCUGGCCAUCUACAUAGAGACCCUGAUCCCACCCCUCUCUCCCAGUCUCAUUGCAAUCUCACUUGGUGUUGAGUUUUAUUUUUUGAUGGGCUUUUUCUGUUAUGAGUGAUGGUGAAAGGUGUUUUCAGAGAUUCCAGUGCUGGGGCUGGGUGUUUAUAGUUUUUGUUUAGUGUUAAGGAAGUAAAAGCAGCUGCCAUUG